AUGUAUCGGAAAUAUCACGAAGGCUUCUUCAACAAGAGUGACUCAACAAGAGCUUUGAGGCGUUUGCGAACAAUACCCGGCUACCGCGAUCCUGGGGAUCCAGAUUCUGACAGUGACGUGGAGGCACCCGGCGACUUUGAGCUUGUCAACCAGCCCGUGAAAAAGCAUACUAGGCGAGCUCGUUCACUUACAGCCCCCAGGCGAGUCUUUCAGGGUGGAACAGCUGAGUUUCUGGCCGUCUUAUUUCUCGUAUUGUGUCUCAGCCCGGUUCUGCGGAGUAUACAAACUUACACGAUGCAAGCGGAUUGUGAGACAGUGAAUACGCUCUAA